AAGAAAAUUUUGCAGAUGCUUAAAAAAAAGAGAGAUUAAACCAUGCUAAGGAAAGAUAGAGCAAUGGAUUCUACUAAGAAGGAUGAAGAUAAGUUAAAUUCAACAAAAAGUGAGAUAUAUGAAGCCAAAGAAGAAAAUGAAAGGCUAAAGAGGAUGCUAUCUAAAAUGGUGAAGGAUUAUAAAUCUUUGCAAAUGCAUUUUCAAGGCAUAUUAACUCAAAAAAAUUCAAAGAAUAAUAUUAUUGCAACAAGUAAUAAUAUUCAUGAAGAAAAAGAACAAGUGGAACUUGUUUCUUUGAGCUUAGGGAGAAGUAGUAGUACUUCAAGAGAGUUGAUCAAGAAGGAGUUAUUAUAUGAUGAUCAAAAUAAAAGUAAUAAAAAGCAUAGUAAAUUAUUAUUUGAUGGACUUGAGCUUGGAUUAGAUUGUAAAUUCACUCAAGAAAAUAGUUUUGAGGAGUUAAAGAAGGAGAAUAUAAAUAAUGAACGACCAGUAUUGGUACAAAAUUAUCCUCCAUCAAAAAUAGAUUAUUGUGAUGAAGAUUUUUUGCAGCAAAUUCCUCAAAAGAAGGCUAGGGUAUCUAUAAGAGCGGUGUGUGGCACUACUACGAUGAAUGAUGGAUGCCAAUGGAGAAAAUAUGGACAAAAAAUAGCCAAAGGGAAUCCAUGCCCUAGGGCUUACUAUCGUUGCACUGUCUCCCCAUCAUGCCCAGUCAGAAAACAGGUUCAAAGAUGUUCUAAAGACAUGUCCAUUUUGACCACCACAUACGAAGGAACACAUAAUCACCCCCUUCCAUUUUCCGCAACCGCCAUGGCUUCUACAACCUCCGCAGCAGCCUCUAUGUUAAGAUGCACCUCAACAUCAUCAACAUCACAACAAUUUUUACCAAAUAUUGAUCAAAAUCUUCAUGGAAAAUUCAACUUUACCAAUAAUAACUUAUUAUUAGCCACACAUAAUAAUGCACCAACUUUUCAUCACUUGCCAAAAACUUCAAUUUCCACUUCUCAAUCACACCCCACAAUUACUCUUGAUUUCACUACAAACUCAUCAAGUACUAAUUUUUCUUCAUCAUCCUUCAAUUCCUACUCUACAUUGUGUAAUAAUUUCAAAAGUGAAAUUGGACCUUCUUCAUAUCUAGGGAGGCCAUGUUAUUCUAAUCAGCCUUUUAUUACUUCCAAGAACAAUCAAAAUACGAUCAACGAGUAGAGUGGCGGAGUCAGAAAUUUUGAUGACGAAUGGAUUCCAAAAAAUGCAAAAGUGUCACACUUAGGAUUUGAUCAUGUGACCUAAAAUGAAUUUUGGACUACUUUUUGUACAUUAAAGUAGAAUCUUCUUUUAUAUUAAAGGAAAUCAACAAUGUAUACGUGUAUAAGAAUAUUUUUGUUUUUAUUUUAUAUGU